GUACUGCUGCUGCUGCUGCUGCUCCCUCCGCGUCCUCGGUGCGGCACACCGCAGCCAUGGUGGACUCUCCCAGCGAGAUGAAGAAGACCUUCUCGGUGCCGGAGAUCAAACCGCUGGAUCAGUACGACUUCAGUCGAGCCAAGAUCUGCGCCAGCGUCCGGUGGCUGCUGUCGAAAUCCUACGGCUCUGCAGAAAAUGUUCCGGUGGAGUUGCGGGAUCCGCUUUAUAAGGACCAGUAUGAACAAGAGCACCUUAAGCCUGCUGUCUCCAAGCUGCUUCUCUCCCCAGAGAUCUACUGCAGAGCUCAGGCACUGCUGGCCCAGGCACACGGAGUCUCUCAGACAGCAUCGCAGGGGUCCCCAGCUGACAACUCUGCCCUUCUACAGUUCGUCAUUAAGAAAGGCUUCGCUCCAAAGGUCCAGGAUGCAGAUGUCACCGAGGAGGACCUUAGCAGCACCCCUAUUAAGUCGAAAGCCCACCUCGCCCUCAUUGACUCGCUCAUGGCACUGGCUGCCAAAGAGACGGUGGGCCAGGUGAAGAUGGCGGUGGAGGCAGAGCAGAUGGGUGUCGGGGCUCCAUGGGAGAAUGCACUGCUCUUCUGGGUCAACAGGUUGAACCAAAAGUUAAGAGAAAGCACAGAAGAAGAAGAACCCCCCAAGUCACAGAACUGUACAGACUUGCAGCCUGUUCAGGAAACGUGUCAGUCCACCCGUUGGUACUGGAAACUAGUCCCUAUCCGCUAUAGGAAGGACAAAGUGCAGUCUAAGUUGACUCCCACUUUCCCUCUGGUUUCUGCGGUCAAAGAUCUGUCUAAUGGCUGCGCAAUAGCUGCUGUGCUGCACUAUUACUGCCCCAGCUUGCUGCCUCUAGAGGAUGUGUGUCUGAAGGAUACCAUGUCAGUAGCUGACUCUCUCUACAACCUGCAGCUGAUCAAAGAGUUUUGUGAGAGCAGCUUGCAGAGCUGCUGCCCCCUCGCUGUGGAGGACCUACUCUACGCUCCACCGACCCUGCAUCUGAACAUCAUGAGCUUCAUAGCAGAGCUGCUGGAGUGGUUUGAGAUUAAGAAACCGGAUUUUGUCCAGCCCAUUCAACCCAUUGACCUCACAGAUGUCUCAGGGUUGCCAGACUGUAUUAGUCCUGUCACUGGCAACAGCAACAGUGGUUCUCCUUCCUUUGUCUUCAAACAACCCUUUAUGCCCAUCUCCUCUCCAGUGUCACCAGAAAACAAAAGUUGGACAAAGAAACAAAUCAGUCGUCCUUUGUCAGCAGUGACUUUCAGCAUCCCAUUUGGCCUGGACAGUGAUGUUGACAUUGUCAUGGGAAACCCAAUAGAUUCUGUCUUUCGCUCCGUCAGCACCGACAGCCUCGGCACUGCCAUCCCUGCAAUGACCUCACCGAUGACAUCAGCAGGAAUGACCCGUGUCCCGUACAGCCCUCCAGAGGACCUCAGCCACCUGGUAAGCGCUUCGGCCCCAUCGCAGCAUUCUUCCUGGGGCCCGUAUGCACACACAGCACCAAUGGGAGAACUACCGACCAUUGAGGAGGCGAUGCAGGUGGUCCAUAGACCCGGCAGCAAAGAUCAGAAGAAGGGAAGGGUGGCUGAGAAAGGUGGGAAAGGAGCUUUGGCAGGCAGGCCAGAGCCCAGGUUACGUCCUGAAGGAGCUCCGGCAGGUUUUUUCCUGCACUCCCCUGAAGAAGGUAAUUCCCAGCUCAGCACCUCUGCACCUUGUCGCGCUGGACUCCUCUACCGGCCAAUUGGAGGAGAAGUGAGUGAUAAUGAAAGGCAAGGAAGGAGAGAGAGUAGGGAGAGGUCAGGACGGAGUUCUGAUAUGUCACGCGAUGACGACUCUGUACUGCGAGACGGCAGUGUCGACUCUUCUGAAGCAUCGGAUGAUAUGCCUAGAAAUGCCCCUGGUAAUAUUCGACCCAGUAACGGUCGUCAGGGAAACCACAGCACCAACAACAGUCCACGCAUGACAAGCUUUGCUGAGCGACGAGACAACCGAAGAAGGCACCCUGCUGUUACUGGGGAAGAGUCACCUUCUGCUCCGACUCCAACAACCCCAGCAACUCCACACACACCCUCCACCCCAGCAGGUGCGCCAGGCCGCCAGGACAGCCCAGGUCCCAGAGGUCUCGAGCCUGGCUCUGAGGCCUGGGAGCUGGGAGUUCGUCUUGAGGAAAAACGCAAAAGCAUCGAAGCCCAAAAAAGACGUAUCGAAGCUAUUUUUGCCAAACACAGGCAGCGGCUUGGAAAAACUGCUUUCCUUCAACUGAAAAGGGAGCAAGGAGAAGGAGGAGGUGAGGCUGCCGAUGAUAAUCUGACCCUUGAUGAGCGCCUCACUCGCAUGGAGGAACAACUAAAACAGGAGGAGGAGAAAGAAAAGAAAGAUGGAGAAAAGGAGAAAGAGAAGCCGUCCGUUUCCAAUCCUCCACGGUUGGAGAAGCAGGUCACCUUCUCUAUUGAAAGUAAGAAAGGAACAGAGAAAGAAAAAAGAGCAGAGAAAGAAAAAGGAGCAGAGAAAGAAAAAGGAGCAGAGAAAGAAAAAGGAGCGGAGAAAGCGGGGGAAGCCGUUUUAGUGGAAUACAACGAAGUGGUGCAGAAACUCAGUGAGGCUCUGCAGUCGCUGCAGAAGGAUAUGCAGAAACUUACUGAACAACAACAGCAACUCAUGAGCAACCAAAGACCCAGAAACACGCCCAAAACAACUUCAAAAUCAACACCUAGAAGUAAUACCAAAACACCACCCAAAACCCCUCCUCACACUCCAACCAAAACACCACCAAGAACCCCGACAAAAACCCCUACCAGGACCACGAGUAAAGCCUGGGUGAUUCCUGCUGGUUCCAAUCCUCCCUCUGCUUCUUCCCCAUCACGGCGGUCUCAUCUUCUUUCCUCUUCGACCUCUCCAAAAAUGAUUAUGUCUUCCUCCUGUCCAGCUCCUCGCACUAAGAUUCACUCCACUCCUCGUAGCCCCAAACACCACCCACGUACCCAACAUCAGCCCCACCCACGGCCUUCUGAACUCAAGUUCCCUCCACUCAAUCGUGUCUUGACACCAACCCAGACUGUAGACACACUCCCCCACCUGCGGCGUGUGUCACCCAGCAAGUGUCAGGUACAGACCACUUCUUCCUUCCGUAUUGGUGGGCCCCGGACUCCUCAGGAGUUUCCUCAGUCUACCCAGCAGCCACAAGUUGGGGAGAGCGCCUCGGACACAGGGUCGAGUGAGACACCCACCCAGUUUAGCCUGGAGUUGGAGCAGGAGGACGCAGAGUCCAUUGCAGGGUUGCCACAGCCCAGGCAAGGUCGCACAAGAGCUGCUGGAGGGAGCAGCUCUGGUGCUCCUUCUGAGUGCUCAUUUGAAAGUGAGACUUUGUCUAUGUCUGCUGCAUACACCACAGCAGGUGAAGGAGGAGGAGCUGGAGGUGCAGGGAAGCAAUGCAGCCUGAUUGAAGUGUCAUUAUCAUCCCUUGGUGGACCAGAAGGGGGGAGUGAUGAACCAACUGAUGAGGGGCAGGAGUUCUCCUCAGAUUCUAUGAGCGACCACACAGAGUCCGCUAUGGAACCUGCAAGACAACUUGCUGCCGAACCCUUAGAUCCUAUAGAGCAACUAAAUCUGGCAACAGAAGGCAAGGAUUUGCCAGAAAAAGACACUGAAUUAAAAGGUGAUCAUGCAAGACAUGCAGAGAUGUUGGAACCAGCUGGAGAUCAGAAUGAAGUGGAGGCCAAAGGAGGCAUUGGAUUUUUCUUCAAGGAGGAGGUGCACAGUGAAGGAGAGAUGGCCCAGCGUAGAGCGGUGCUGUUAGAAAGACAGCAGAAGAGAACUGAUGAGAUAAAGAAGAGGAGACAAUGGAAUGAGCAAGAAAGAGAAAUCAGACUGGCAUCCUCAGAAAAAAGAGUAGCAUCACCUUCCAGUACACCUCCUGCAGCCACAACCUCACCUUCCCCCACACCUCCGGCUACUCCAGCACGGCGUGGAGAUUUUACACGGGGGGAGUACGCACGGCGGCAGCAGCUCAGGCUCAUGGAGGACUUGGACAAAGUGCUCAAGCAAAAAUCAACUAAUCAAGGACGAACUUCCACUAAGAAAACCCGCUCCCGGCCUCGCAGCAUGACCAGGGAGGAAACGCAGCUAUCUCUGAGUCCCGCCAAGGGAACAACCGGUAAAGCCAAAAGUACUAAGUUGGCCAGAGUCUAUUCUCACUCCUCACUCAACUUAGCAGCCACAGAUGAAUCUGGAAACAAUGGUAGUGACCCCGCAAAGAAACCCCACAGGACCCGCCCUGAUUCACCUUCAGGAUGUCUGACACCAAGCAGACUGACAAAUGGAGAGAAGGACUCAGAGAGUGGCUCAAAUGGAAAUUCACCCGCCCCAGAAUACACGGGUCCGAAACUCUUCAAGGAACCAAGCUUCAAAUCCAAUAAAUUUAUCAUUCACAAUGCUCUCUCUCGCUGCUGCCUUGCUGGGAAGGUCAAUGAAUCUCAAAAAACCAAGAUCAUUGAGGAGAUGGAGAAGAGUCCUGCCAACCACUUCCUCAUCCUCUUCCGUGAUUCCAGCUGCCAGUUUAGAGGCGUUUACACCAUAAACCCCGACACCCAGGAGCUUGUGCGAUUGGCUGGGGUGGGCCCACGGACAGUUGGCUCCACUCAGGUGGAAUCCAUCUACAAAUACAGCUCAGACAGGAAACAGUUUAGUGCCAUCCCCUCUAAAACCAUGGGCAUGACUGUGGACGCCUUCACCAUCCCUGGCCAUCUCUGGCAAGGUGGAGGAGGAGCAGGAGGAGGAGGAAGCAGGAGAGCAAGUGUUACUAAGAAGGCUGUCACUUCCAAGUGAGAUCCAGUACAUAACACAGAGGCACAUCAAUGAAGAAAACACUCUAAAUACACUGUAAUUACAGUCAAAGCUGUAGUGAAACAUGAAAAACAUACAUGCACACAGACAGGCCUAUAGCCAUGCGUGUGCAUAAAAACACCUAACCUCUUUUGCCCUCAGAUUUUACUAGAAAUAAAAAAACAAAUAUCAAAGUUAUUUGUACUCCCCUUCAUGCGCAUGAAAAUGUCAGCAGCACAACUUUCAGACAAGAGGAACACACUGACACAGAGGUAGGUUCUGUAAAUGCUCAAGGAUUAGUUACUUUUAAAAAGUUUCAUUACAUAGAUUUUCAUUGUUUGGAGUACAAACAUAAACUUUUUUUUUUCUCUUUUGAAAGAAAAUUGUCGAGUUGUUUCUUGAAAAACAUUCACGAAAUAAAUGAUUGCUAUCCAGUCCUUCCCUUAAGUAAAACACCAGUUUUAUACAUAAAGCCAAACAACAGAGAAAAUGCCUUCGUGUCAGAGAGUCUGACUUUUAUUUUGUACGAUUUUAAUUCUACCAGGAGCUCUUAGUGGGUGGAUAAAAGCACAUUUGUUUUGGAAAAUGAAAGAUAGCCAUAGCCAUGUGAUGCAGACAGCAGAGGUGAACUUUUCUUUUGAACAUCUGUAAAUGUGUCGGUGGUUUUCAGAGAUGAUUACCGCAGCAUGAAUGGUUAUUUACUGUAUGUGGUAUGAGCUUAUUUCAAAAUAAGAUCACAAUGGAAACUUGGUGGUUUGAUGAAACUAUGUUGAUGAUAUGUGAGGUUAAAACAACUUUUGUAUACUGGGCUUAUAGCAUAUUGAGAAUGACGUGUCAUAAACAAGCUUACAUCUAGAAGUAUCUGGAUUGUUGUGCUCUUGGGUAGAGAUUGGUACAGAUAGCAGGUUUAGUUUAGUCCCAGGCUUUGCCAUCUUUGUACUCCCUAAUGAAUCUUUCAUAUUUGUGAAACUACCAAUAAACUGGAGAGUGUUUUGCUAUUGGAUCCCACCGACUGCUGUACCUUCAAAAAAAUUACAGCACCACUUCCAAAAAAGGUGGGACUUUGCAUAAAGUCUAAAUAACAAAAACAUGCAGUGGCUUGUAAAUAAUUUAAACCAUUUUUACUGAGUACAGUACCAUAUGAAUAAUGUUAAA